AUGGCCAGUCUCAUCGCAGGCGAUAAAAUGCUUUACUCGCAUCGCGAGUCAGACAAUGGCAAAAUACCCGCAGAAAGCGAGAUCGCCGACCCAAAGGCGUAUCUGCAUGGCAGCUUUAGCUCCCCUUCCACAGGAGCUCCCUCCGCAAAGCGCCAACCUCCUCCCUACGUCCGCUCGUUGAGCCCAGACGACCGCGCACAUGCCGAGAAAAUGCUCGUUCGCAGAAUUGAUUUGCGCCUGAUCCCCAUGAUCAUUAUUAUGUACAUAAUGAACUAUUUGGAUCGAAACAACAUCGCCGCGGCACGGUUGGGCGGGCUUGAAGAAGAUCUUAAUUUAGUGGGCAACCAGUACCAAACAUCCGUGAGCAUCCUCUUUGUCGGCUAUGUUCUGAUGCAGAUUCCAAGCAACCUGUAUCUCAACAAGGUGGGCAAACCAAGUAUUUAUCUACCUACUGCGAUGGUCAUAUGGGGAGUCAUAAGUGGCGCCACUGCUGGAGUUCAUAACUUCGCCGGGAUCGCAAGCGUUAGGUUCUUCCUUGGCUUCAUCGAGGCCGCAUACUUUCCUGGUUGUCUUUAUUACCUCAGUUGCUGGUAUACGAGAAAGGAGCUGGGCUUCCGCACUGCAUUGCUUUAUUCUGGUUCCCUCAUUUCAGGCGCAUUUUCUGGGUUGAUCGCUGCUGGCAUUACAGGUAACCUAGAUGGCAACCUGGGUCUUCGAGCGUGGAGAUGGCUGUUCAUCAUCGAAGGUGCCAUAACGGUUGUCAUUGCUGCUGGGGCAUAUUUUCUGCUGCCCGAUUUUCCCCGGACUACCAGAUGGCUGUCUGAUAACGAGAAGGAGUUGGCCGUUUGGAGAUUGGAUGAGGACAUUGGCGAAGAUGAUUGGAUUGAUAGUAAGCAUCAGAGUUUCUGGGGUGGAAUGAAGAUGGCAGCCUUGGAUACCAAGAUGUGGAUUCUCAUGGUCAUGCUCUUUUGCAUCGUCUCCUCCGCCUCCGUUACCAACUUCUUUCCUACUGUCGUCCAAACCUUGAGAUAUGGGAGAGUCGCUUCGCUUCUUCUCACUGCCCCUCCAUAUGUUCUGGCAGUCAUCACAGCUUUCAUCAACGCUUGGCAUGCCGACAGAACAGGAGAACGAUAUUUUCACAUCACCUUGCCACUGUAUAUUGCGGUCAUCGCCUUUAUUAUCGCCGCUGCAACAACGAGUACCGCUCCUCGUUACUUGGCCAUGAUGCUGAUGCCGCCUGGAAUUUAUACAGGCUAUGUUGUAGCCCUAGGCUGGAUCAGCAAUUGCAUGCCGCGACCACCUGCAAAGCGUGCAGCAGCUCUAGCCGCCAUCAACGCCGUGUCCAACACCUCCUCUAUUUAUGCUAGCUAUAUGUUUCCCUUGAGUGCUGGUCCGAGAUAUGUAGUCGCAAUGUCCGUCUGCUCCGUCACAGCUUUCAUAGCCAUCAUCAUGGCAACCAUCCUCCGCUUCAUCCUCGUCCGACUGAACAAGAAACUCGACCGGGGCGAGCACGUUGAGGGUGCCAUCAACUCUGGAAAGGGUAUUCCUGGAGAAGCAGCGCAACAUGGGUUUAGGUUCUUGACUUGA